CUGAGCUUAGAACAGAGUCCUAGAGUAAAUGGAUGAGAAAUGGCUCACAGAAUCCUAAUGGAAUUCCAAGCCUUAGAGAAAUAUUCACAAGAGUUACUGAGAAAGCACGCGAAGAAGCGGGACGCGAGCCGCAUGCAGAUAAUGCGCUCUCUGAAAAUCCCUCUUGCUUUUGAUUUUGAAAGUGACGAUGAAACGGACAUCUCAUUGGAGACGCUCGAUAUCACGGAGGAUGAGGGCAAAAUGCUGCGGAUCUCACCCAGAUCCGGUGCGGGUUUACAGAAGCCACACAUUGAUACGUCCACCAAGCGGGAAUUAAAGCCCCUCAGAGACUCAGCAUCUACCAAGUGCCAACACCGUGCGCCAAAAGAUUUAACAGGUCCUAAGAAACGUGUAAAGUCAGCACCACCUACGUCUGCAGCCAGGAGACGCGCCUGGAAAAGUGAGGUGGAAUGCAUUCCGAACCUCGUCACUUUGUGUCAGGAAGAACACAAGUCGCCCAUCGCGCCUCCCCUGGGGCGGCGAGACAAUUCUCACUGGAGCUCCCUCGCAUCUCCUAGGCUUUACUCGGGAUCCCUCGCUGGGACAACGGACUUUCAAACACCACAGAACAACGUGGCAGACGACGAAGACGCCGAUAUGAAUCCAGAGCAACGACCUCCCAGAAAUGAGACUGAAAUUGACUCGAAUUUAGGAAUAAGAGAAAAGGUUAUUGUAUCUCUCAGCAUGGAGGAGGAAAUUAAGAAUCCCAACGUUAACAUUUUAACCGCCAGAUGCCGGACGCCGGCGAAGCCAGUUCAGAUCGUAAGCGAGACGGUUCCUGUUAUAUUCGAUCGUAACCACAAAAGCGACUUCAAUCGAACCCGGGGCAGGUAUCCGACGGGCAACCCGUGCCCCCCGGAACAGCCAGGGGACCUCUGGGCUCCCGUAGGCGUAAAGCACUUCGAACAGAGCAGCCUGAACCCCGUACCCAGCAUGCUGAAGAAUAGACAAAGAACGCCUCCUAAGGCUUCCGCUGAGAAGAAGAAAAAACCCAGCGUAUUAUUUUCCACUAACGCGAAAGUUAAUAUCCACUUUUUAUUCGCCGACGGAACGACACAAAAGCCGGAGCAUAAAGACGGGAAAGCCGGAGCCGCGAGGAACCUACGCUCUAAAUAUUCCACGCAGGAGGUCCAAUCAUCAGCGAGGUCUGUAAUUACCCAGGAGGGGGUACAUGCUGGCGAUAUCGGCCCCCUUAUCAUCGGCGUGAACCCCAGAAAACACUCAGACGGGGGCCCAUCCCCGUGUCCGGCCCGGCCCCCUCCAUCCAGGUCAACUUAUCCAACUGCCUCAAAGCCAGGAUCACGGAGACCGCUUGGCGUUGGCGAGGCGGCAAAGUGGAGCUUCGUAUCUAUCUCCAAGCCAUUAACCCCUCCGGUGCCAACUCCCAACACGCCGAGUCACGGGGCUGCUGCGGCGUCUUCUCCAGCGGUCAACAAAGACAGACCUGCUUCUAGCAGAAAGGUGAAAUUCGGAAGAUUUGGGUCGGUGUCCGAGGAUAUAAAUCCUCAGCCGGGAGUGCAGGGGGCCGAAGACGGGCCGGACACAGAAGAAAGCAGCGCUAAGCUUACGAUCCGCGACUCGCCGCGGCCAGCGCCUGACGUCACGCAGCACCUUGACACAGAACCCGAUGUGUCCUCCGACUUAUCGAGACCUCCCAGCGCCUUCCCUGUCAUCAGUAUCCCCACGGCCCCGGCGGACGCUUCGGAACAAAAUCAAUAAAAAAAAGAAACGGGCAAAAUGUAUGUUUUUCUUUUUUAAGAAUUUUUUUGUUUUUUUCUACUGUUAUUCGAUUAAAUCUGUGGA